AUGGCUGUCGGAGAUUGCUGCUUCAUUGCUCUGGUCGUUUCUCUCCUCCGAUGCAUUGUCGUCGCCGGAGAGGGAGUGGAACCAUCGCUUCUUAUCCUUCCAGAGCGAGAGCAGGAGGCGGCCUAUCGCGCCCUUGAGUCGGUCAACCCUUCCGUUCCUUGGCGCUCGCUCUACCCCGACGAUCUGUGCCUCUCCGGCCCACACGGAAUCGUUUGCGACCUGUUUCCAUCCUCCAACUCCGGCGACGACGAAUCCCCACACAUCGUCGAGCUCAACUUUGGUUACGUCUCGGAGUUCUCCAACAACCCACCGUGCGGUCCGGACGCCACUCUCCCGGGAACCCUCUCCUCCUUCCCUUUCCUUCGAAAGGUAUUCUUCUACAACUGCUUUACGUCCACGAAAGUCGUCCUCUCCACCGACUUCUGGAAUCUGUCUUCCGCCGUCGAGGAGAUCGCCUUCUACCAGAACCCUUCCCUCGGCGGCAGUCUCAGCAAUCGGCUCGCCGGCCUUUCUCGCCUGAGCCGCCUCAUCGUUUCGGGCUCGCAGAUAUCCGGGACUAUUACUUCCGAGGUAGGAGACCUCCGCUGCAUGGAGCAGCUGAUCCUUUCCCGGAACCGCCUCCGAGGCGAGAUUCCUCGCUCCAUCGGACGACUCGGCCGCCUCAAAGUGUUUGAUGUAAGCGGGAACCGCAUCGGCGGAGCGAUCCCAUCCGAGAUCGGUAGACUGGUGGAGCUGGUCAAGCUGGACAUCUCCUCCAAUAGGAUCGCCGGUCGGAUUCCGGCCGAGCUCGGUGGGCUUAGCAGAGUGGAACUUCUGGAUCUGAGCGAGAACCGACUCACCGGCGGCGUGCCGGCAUUUCUGGCGGAGCUGAAAAAUUUACGAGAGAUUCACCUGAGCGGAAACCCGCUCGGAGGCGCCAUCCCGGAGGUAUGGGAGAAGCUUGGAGGUGUCCUGGGCGUCGGGAUGUCGCGGCUGGGUCUUGUAGGCAGCGUUCCUUCAUCGAUGGGAGUAUACUUGGGAAGCGUGACCUACCUGGCGUUGGACAACAACAAACUCGAAGGGGAGCUCUCGGAACAAUUCCGGCGGAUGGAGAGCACGGCCAUGGAAAUCAACCUGGAGAACAACGGGCUACGUGGCCGCGUUCCGUUUUCUGCCGGUUUCGUCCGCCGCCUCGACGGCAAGCUGAGGCUGGCCGGUAAUCCGGAUCUGUGCCUCGGCGAGGAGCACGAAGCAGGCAGCCGCCGCGGAGCCGCCGCUAGUUACCUGAGGCGCUGCAACAAGACGGCCGAUCCGCAGCCGGUGCUCUUCACUUCCAGCGGUUUCUCGCCGGAGAACGGUUCGCUCUUUUACCUCGGCGUCCUGGUAGUUUUCCUCGUGUCCCUGUAGCACCCUGAUUCCUUAAUUUUGAACGCCGUUUUG